AUGGCGGCGGUUCCAGAGAGGAGUUUUAUAGAAAUCUGUGGAUUCGAGAGGGAAACUCUCCCGAAAUUUCGUGACAUUAAUGUAAAUUUAGGUUUGGCUGCUGUUCCUGGGGGGAUCAAGUACCCAGACAGCGCUGGAGGAUUUCACUAUGAGGAAAGUGGAAGAUUGCUGUCUAUCACAAGCAACAGAUUUAUACACUGGUCCACCUCUGGGGACACUGUUCAGCUGGUGGAACAGUCCAUGGACACCAAUCUCCUGAACAACGCAGUACGACUUAAGAUCCUGCAGUGUUCCUUGCUUCCUGGAGGUGUACACAUCCAGGAGACUCUCAACAAUGUCAUUAUUCUCAUUGUCACAAAUCAGACUGUGCACCGGCUGGUGCUGCCCCAUCCAUCCCGCAUGUACCGCAGUGAACUGGUGACAGAGCUUCAGAUGCAGUCCAUCUUCACUGACGUGGGCAAGUUGAACCUACGUGACCCCGCCCACAGCCAUGUCAUCCCUGCUGGUCCAGGCCAACCAGUUGGUCCCGGUACCUCUGCUGCUUGGAUCAGCAGUGAAGGCGAAGCCCACUUCGCCCUGUCAUCUGCUACAGGAGGCAUCCUCGUGGUCAAGCUUCCUCCACAUGACGUGCAAGGGACCGUGUCUGUUCUGGAGCUGAAGCAGAGCUCUGUAAUGCAGCGACUAGCAGGCUGGAUGCCGACUGCGAUUAGGGGAGACCAGAGCCCAUCAGACUUGCCAGUCAGUCUGGCCGUCAGGCAAUUGGAGCACGACACAUUCAUCUUUGCCCUGUGCCAGGACCAUAAACUCCGCAUGUGGUCCUACAGAGAUCAGCUGUGCCUGAUGGUUGCUGACAUGCUGGACUACAUGCCAGUGAGCCGGGACGUGAGGCACUCACUGGGCCAGGGCCACAAGCUGCGCCUGUCCUUCUCCUCCUCGACUGGCCUCUGUCUGGGCGUUUACCUCAACGUGCCCAAACGUGGCCAGUUCUGUGUGUUUCAGCUGGUCGCCACUGAGAGCAACCGCUACAGCCUGGACCACAUCUCCUCGCUGUACACCACGCAGGAGACUCUGGUGGACUUUGCCCUGACUUCCACUGAUGUGUGGGCCCUCUGGCUGGAUGAUGAUGAUAACCAGGCAGUAGUGAAGUACAUCAACUUCGAACAUAAUGUAGCUGGCCAGUGGAACCAGGUGUUUGUACAACCACCACCUGAAGAGGAAAUCCCCAUUGGAUUUGAUCAUGACCCCAGGGAGACUUACCUGGAGACCCUCUUCUCUCUCGUCCGAUUCAGUGCCUCUGCCAUUGUGAAAGCAUUGCAGAUUUAUCGCCGGGGCUCUGAGCGAAUCUUGGACUACUCCUGGGAGGCACUGAAGAAGGAGGUGACAGUGGCAGUUGAAAGUGAACUCCAGAGCAGCGUGACAGAGUACGAGUUCUCCCAGGAGGCAUACCGGCAGCUACAGCUGGAGUUCUGGUCCAAGUUCUAUGCCUGCUGUGUGCAGUACCAGGAAGCCUUGUCCACCCCCCUUGCUCUGCAUGUUAACCCUGCCACCUCCAUGGUCUGCCUGCUCAGGAAGGGCUUUGUAUCCUUUUUGGUGCCUUGCUUUGCUGUAGACCAUAUCUACCUGUCUUCUGACGAGUACUUGUCCUCUGAUGAUGAGACGCCCAUCACUGAGGACCCAGAGUUGGGGAGGGAUGUGCAGCAGCUGGUGCUGUGUUUGCACAUGCUUGGGGUGGCAGUGAUGGGGGACAUGGCCUACAUCAUGGAGAAAGCCCUGGAGCACCUGCAGUCACCUGAAAGGGCUGCCGAACAGGUGUUGGAGAUCCUGCUAGCCAGUGACGAUGACAUCAUUGAGGAUAUCCAAAACAAGCUCCAAGACAUCCGCAACCCCAUCGGUGCCAUGACUGCCCUGCUGAGGGAGGUGGACCUGGAGACCGAGGGGGAAACAGAGGGGGAGGGCACGUUUGCUGAAGGCCAGCCUCUCAAUGUGCGGAUGAGCCUGUCUCAGCUUUAUGGCAGCAGUGUGGCAGUAACAGUGGUUUGCCAGGCUACGUGUCAUUUGGCCAUGAUACGGGCACAGCUCCUCAGAGACCUCCUCAUUCUGCAGCAACUUUACCUGAGACUAGGGGGCAAUGUGUUCCUAGGAGGAGGAGGGCAGCUUCUCCCGCUGCAGCAGGACCUGAUACCUCGCACAUCCCUCCUGCUGUGCUCUUACUACUUGCUGAAGUGGGCCACCCAGUGCCUGUCCGCCCCUGUGCCCCUUGACACCUUAGAUGCUAACCUGCAGCACCUCUCUGUGCUGGAGCUAUCUGACUCCCCUGCCCUGACUCCCAACAAAUCAGUGCUGACUCUUCAGACAGUGGUGGAGCUGUUCUACCAGAACGUGGGCCGGAAAGCCAUUAUCUCCCAGAUCCACUCCCAGCAGAGUGUUCUACUAGGCCAGGCUGUGCUGAGCUGGCCCCAGAUGGUCUCCACCAUUAUCACCCUGCUCGGCCAGCACCUAUGGCCAAGCAACCCAGGCUUUCUCUUCCCUGAGUGUUUGAUGGGAAACUGCCAGUACACACAGUUACAGGAAUAUAUUCGGCUGACUGGGACCUGGUGCCAGGUGAAUGUGGGCUCCUGUCGGUUCGUAUUGGGACAGUGCUACCUAGCCACUGGCGAGGGGCACAAGGCUCUGCAGUGCUUCCAGGAGGCAGCCACCGAAGUAGAGAAGGAGGAGUUUUUGAUGAGAUUGACAGGUUCAGAGGACGAAGAUGCAGCUGUCACUCCACGCCUGCAGUACUAUAACAAGGUCUUGCGGCUGCUUGAAGACGUGGGCUUGCCGGAGCUGGUCAUACAGCUGGCUACUAUGGCUAUCUCAGAGGCCACCAACGACAUAAGAAGUCAGGCUGCUCUCAGGACUCGCAUUUUCAAACACCAUCUGGAUCUUGGACACAACAGCCAGGCUUACGAAGCCCUAACCCAGAACCCUGACCCCAGCAGGCAGCUGGACUGUCUGCGACAGCUGGUAGUGGUGCUGUGUGAGCGCUCACAGCUGCAGGACCUGGUACAGUUUCCAUAUGUAAACCUGCAUGACGAGGUUGUCAGUAUCAUUGAAUCUCGUGCAAGAGCAGUGGACCUCAUGUCUCACAACUACUAUGAGUUGUUGUAUGCCUUCCACAUCAAUCGACACAACUACAGAAAAGCCGGAACAGUGAUGUUUGAAUACGGCAUGCGCUUGGGCCGUGAGGUUCGCACAAGACAAGGCCUGCAGAAGCAAGUCAACUGCUACCUGGCUGCCAUGAACUGCCUCCGACUUAUCCGACCAGACUAUGCCUGGAUCGUCCAGCCUGCAUCUGGAGGAGUGUAUGAACGCCCAGGUACAUCACCAAAGAGAAACUACGAUGGAGAGUAUGCUGCAACUCCAGUGAAUCGACAGAUUGAGAUUUUGGAACUGAAGGACCUGGAAAAAGAGUACAUCCUUGCUCGCAACCGCCUCACCCUGGCCCAGUAUGACCCGUCCUCUGCCAGCAACACAGGCAGUGCCCCUGCGGUGGAGAUGGUGACACUGUUGGUACAAGCUGGACAAUUUGACGCUGCCAUGUCACUUUCUCAGACCUUCAAACUCCCUUUGACUCCUGUAUUUGAGGGACUGACUUUUAAGUGCAUUCAGUUACAAUAUGGGGGGGAGGUGAGCCAGAAUGAAGCCUGGAAUUGGUUGUCAUCCAAUCAGCUCCCAACAGUUAUUACUACCAAAGAGUCAAGUGCCACAGAAGAGGCGUGGCGCCUUUUGACGUACUAUCUGGAGAGGUAUCCUUCCCAGAAUGCUCAGUAUCACCGCUGUGUCAUCAAUACGCUGCUCUCACAUGGGGUCCCAUUGCCUGACUGGCUAGUGAUCAGUUACAAGGCAGUGGAUACUGCUGCUCUCCUCCGCCUCUAUCUGAACUACGACCUGCUUGAGUCAGCGGUGGAUCUGAUGUUGGAAUAUGUAGAUGCUCUGCUUGGAAAGGGAUACCAGUACUUUGGAAUAGAGAGGCCUCUUUCAGCCACAGCACCUCUGGUGUGGAUCCCGUAUACCUCUGUUGAUCAACUGCUGCAAGCACUCAAUGAAAACCAGUCCAAUGCUAACAAUGUCAUUCUGAACGAGAAGCUGCGGGAGAAGCUGAAGGAGUAUCACAGACUGGUUGAGCAAGCCUCUCUCCACAGGCUCAUGGCCCACUAGGACACGUUUGCUCACAGCACAGCACUGUCUGAGCACUGCCUUUACACAUGGUGCUUCUCACCCUGGGCUCCUUUCUUUAAUAAAGUAAAUUUGAAAAGAAUAAAUGUAUUUUUUUAUUGGGAAAAUAAAAUGUAAAAUGUAUUUAUAAAUCAUAGUGUCUGUACUUUUUCC